GCAUCACCUGUAAUAAUCGUGGGCUCUUCGUUUCGUGUGACGAAGACGAACCACGAACCGAAUCGAAUCGAUUCCAACAUAAUAACAUAUCAAAAUCCCAUCUGAUCAUCUGAUGGGCUAAUCGAAACUCGAAAGAGGCUUUCGAUCAAUUUGUUUAUAUUCCUCACUGUAAUAAGCUCAGACGGUUUUUUUUUUGGGAAAAAUUAUUCUCAAAUUGUUAUGUCAGCAUUUCUGUUUCUUAAGUCAACUGGGUAUCUCUUUCCUAUCUUUCUAAGAAUUCGAUGGAGAUUCGAGUUGUCUACAGUUGGAACCAAUAUAUGAAUUAAGGUUUCGAGGAAGUUGUGCCGAUUUGUUUUGUUGUUCAAAACCAGACGAUGACCAGAAAAGCCAGUAAAUGUGCUAUAUGCGAAAACUCCAAUCUCGCGUCUAUAUGUGCUGUCUGCGUCAACUAUAGAUUAAAUGAGUAUAACACAACAUUAAAAUCAUUGAAGAGUGUCCAGGAUUCCCUAUAUUCAAGAUUGAGUGCAAAGCUUGUGGCGAAGGGUAAAGCUGAUGAUCAGCUCAACUGGAGAGUGCUCCAGAAUGAGAAACUUGCAAGAUUAAGGGAGAAGCUCUGUCUUACAGAGAAACAACUCCUACAAGGGAAGGCUAUGCUUGAAAAGAUGUCUAAUGAUUUGAAGGUUAGAUAUGGGAUGCUUGAAUCAGCCCAAUCCAUGUUGGAAAAGAACCGUGUGGAGCAGCUGGAAAAAUUUUACCCAAACCUUAUUUGCACUCAGAGCCUUGGACAUAUGGCAAUUACCUCUGAACGCCUUCAUAAACAAUCAGUAGUUAUAAAAAAGAUCUGCAAAUUGUUUCCACAACGCCGGGUUAAUAUAGAUGGAGAAAGAAAAGAUGGAUGUAGUGGUCAAUAUGAUCAAAUAUGUAAUGCUCGCUUACCAAGAGGUCUUGAUCCUCAUUCUGUUCCAUCUCAAGAGCUUGCAGCCUCUCUUGGAUACAUGGUGCAACUUCUGAAUCUUGUUGUCCACAAGUUGGCUGCUCCUGCACUUCAUAACUCGGGAUUUGCGGGUUCAUGUUCACGUAUAUGGCAACGGGAUUCAUAUUGGGAUGGUCACCCAUCUUCUCGAAGCAAUGAAUGCCCUCUUUUCAUACCCCGUCAGAACUAUUGCUCCACAGGUGAAGAGAAUUCAUGGCCAGAUAAAAGCUCAAGUAAUUUUGGUGUAGCUUCCAUGGAUUCAGAAAAUAAACCCCAUCUGGAUUCUGCAAGAAGGGGUAGCUUUAAUUAUUCUUCCGCUUCUCCACAUUCAGUUGAAACUCACAAGGACCUGCAGAAAGGGAUAUCACUUCUGAAGAAAAGUGUGGCAUGUGUUACAGCGUACUGCUACAACUCACUAUGUUUAGAUGUCCCUUCCGAGGCAUCCACCUUCGAAGCUUUUGCAAAGUUGUUGACCACACUGUCUUCUUCCAAGGAAGUUCGAUCUGUUUUUUCAUUGAAAAUAGCAGGUUCAAGGCCUUCUAAACAAGUUCAAAAGUUUAAUAAAUCUGUAUGGAAUGUGAAUUCAUUCAUCUCGUCAAGCAGUUUAUUGGAGAGUGAACACACAGCAACUAUAAUGCGAAACACUUGUGAAAGCAACCUUUCAAAUUCUGCUUCUAGUUUUCUAUAUACUCCUGAGAUCUCUGAUAUUGGAAAGACGGAGACCCUUGUUGAAGGAUGGGAUCUAGUCGAGCAUCCAACAUUUCCCCCUCCACCAUUGCAAACUGAGGACAUUGAACAUUGGACUCAGGCUGUGUUCAUUGAUGCCACAAGGAGAUGAUAAUGCUACAACACCUUGAAUUUUAAUGACAUGGAGAAUUGAUCCAGAGCAAAAGUAAUUCCCUUUACCAUUUCAUAAGUUACUGCCUUGACUUCUUCUUUAAAUUCAAUUCAUUGGCUUACUUCUCUUAUCCCAUUAUUCAUGUAUUAUGUGAAACAGAAGCACUCUCUACUGUCUCUCAAGCCUGUCAUAACUUCAAUUAAUCUCUUGUAAAUAAAUGAUCAGCAGUUGGAUUCUCUCUUCUCUUUGCAUUUACAAGUCAUUGAACAGAAGCUUUCUCCUCUUCCCAAUCCAAAGCCAAUUUUGCUUCAACUAAAUUUCUAUGGACAUUUUGGUGUUUUACAUUUCAUUUGCCGGGCAACCUUUGUUUCUCUACCUCCUAUAGGUGGAAAUUCAUUAGCUUUUCUGCUAUAUAUCUGAGACUCAAAGGAACAAUGCUAACCCAAGUUGUUUCCAUAUUUCAAAAGCCUAGUGCCAAAGUAAAUUAUUUGACACCUGUGGGGAUUUGAGUUUCUUUUGGCAAGAUGAAGUAGUAUUAUAUAUCUGGUAAAGGAAAACCUA